GCGCGGCAUUCUGGAGCCGGAAGUGGGGCGCAAGCUGCGGGCUGGUGUUAUGGCAGGUUCGCGGCGCCGCACGAGGCGCCUGGCGGAGCUGACGGUGGACGAGUUCCUAGCUUCGGGCUUUGACUCUAAGUCCGAAUACUCUCCAGAAGCGGAGACGCGGGAGGCACGCGAGGCUUCCCGGAGUCCGGAUGAGCCGGGCGGGAGCCCCUCGGCCAGCCGGCGUAAAGGCCGUGCCUCUGAGCACAAAGAUCAGCUCUCUCGGCUGAAGGACAGAGACCCCGAGUUCUACAAGUUCCUGCAGGAGAAUGACCAGAGCCAGCUAAACUUCAGCGACUCGGACAGCUCUGAGGAGGAAGAGGAGCCGUUCCACUCCCUGCCAGAUGUGCUGGAGGAAGCCAGUGAGGAUGAGGAUGGAGCAGAGGAGGGGGAAGAUGGGGACAGAGUCCCCAGAGGGCUGAAGGGGAAGAAGAAUUGUGUUCCUGUGACCCUCGCCAUGGUUGAGAGAUGGAAGCAGGCAGCAAAGCAACGCCUCACUCCAAAGCUAUUCCAUGAAGUGGUACAGGCGUUCCCAGCAGCUGUGGCCACCACCCAAGGGGACCAGGAAAGUGCUGAGGCCAACAAAUUCCAGGUCACGGACAGUGCUGUGUUCAAUGCUCUGGUCACCUUCUGCAUCAGAGACCUUAUUGGCUGUCUCCAGAAGCUGCUGUUUGGAAAGGCAGCAAAGGACAGCAGCAGGAUGCUGCAGCCGUCCAGCAGCCUGCUCUGGGGGAAGCUCCGUGUGGACAUCAAGGCGUACCUGGGCUCGGUCAUACAGUUGGUGUCCUGUGUGGCGGAGACGAUGGUGUUGGCGGCCGUGCUGUGGCACAUCAGCGUGCUGGUGCCCUGCUUCCUGACCUUCCGCAAGCAGUGCCGCAUGCUGCUCAAGAGAAUGGUGGUCGUAUGGAGCACAGGGGAGGAGUCCCUGAGGGUGCUGGCUUUCCUGGUCCUCAGCAGAGUCUGCCAGCACAAGAAGGACACUUUCCUUGGCCCCUUCCUCAAGCAAAUGUACAUCAUGUAUGUGAGGAACUGCAAGUUCACCUCGCCUGGUGCCCUCCCCUUCACCAGUUUCAUGCAGCGGACCCUGACGGAGCUGCUGGCCUUGGAGCCGGGUGUGGCCUACCAGCACGCCUUCCUCUACAUCCGCCAGCUCGCCAUACACCUGCGCAACGCCAUGACCACCCGCAAGAAGGAAACGUCUGUGUACAACUGGCAGUACGUGCACUGCCUCUUCCUGUGGUGCCGGGUCCUGAGCACUGUGGGCCCCAGCGAAGCCCUCCAGCCCUUGGUCUACUCCAUUGCCCAGGUCAUCAUUGGCUGUAUCAAGCUCAUCCCCACUGCCCGCUUCUACCCACUGCGAAUGCACUGCAUCCGUGCCCUGACGCUGCUCUCGGGGAGCUCGGGGGCCUUCAUCCCAGUGCUGCCUUUCAUCCUGGAGAUGUUCCAUCAGGUUGACUUCAGCAGGAAGCCGGGGCGCAUGAGCUCCAAGCCCAUCAACUUAUCCGUGAUCCUGAAGCUGUCCAAUGUCAACCUGCAGGAGAAGGCGUACCAGGACGGCCUGGUGGAGCAGCUGUACGACCUCACCCUGGAGUACCUGCAUAGCCAGGCACACUGCAUCGGCUUCCCGGAGCUGGCGCUGCCUGUGGUCCUGCAGCUGAAGUCGUUCCUCCGGGAGUGCAAGGUGGCCAACUACUGCCGGCAGGUGCAGCAGCUGCUUGGGAAGGUCCAGGAGAACUCGGAACACAUCUGCAGCCACUGCCAGAGGGUUUCCUUCGGCGUCUCUGACCAGCAGGCAGUGGAAGCCUGGCAGAAGCUGACCCUGGAAGAGGGGACCCCCCUGUCCUUGUACUACAGCCACUGGCGCAAGCUGCGUGACCGGGAGAUCCAGCUGGAGAUCAGUGGCAAAGAGCGGCUGGAAGACCUGAACUUCCCUGAGAUCAAACGAAGGAAGGUGGCUGACAGGAAGGAUGAGGACAGGAAGCAAUUUAAAGACCUCUUUGACCUGAACAGCUCUGAAGAAGACGACCCCGAGGGAUUCUUGGAAAGAGGGAUACUGGGGCCCCUGAGCACUCGGCAUGGGGUGGAAGAGGAUAAAGAGGACGAGGAGGAAGGCGAGGAGGACAGCAGCAACUCAGAGGAUGGAGACCCAGACGCAGAGGCGGGGCUGGCCCCUGGGGAGCUGCAGCGGCUGGCCCAGGGGCCGGAGGACGAGCUGGAGGAUCUGCAGCUCUCAGAGGAGGACUGAGGCAGCCCAUCUGGGGGGCCUGUAGGGGCUGCUGGGCUGGUGGCCAGUGUUUCCACCUCUCCAGCAGUCAGGCCUAGAGGCUGGCGUCUGUGCAGUUGGGGGAGGCAGUAGACAGGGGACAGGCUUUAAUAUCUAUUUUUCAGCAUGAACGACCAAACCUACCAAGAGCUGGGCUGGGCUGGCGUGGCUGCUGAAGCCCCACAGUUGUGGGCUGUUGAAGUCAGCUCAGCGGUGGAGCUGACCUUGACGUCAGCAGACGGAGACCAGUCCCAGUUCCAGGGGGAGGCCUGCAGGUCCCUGGCCCCUUCCACCACCUCUGCCCUCCGUCUGCAGACCUUGUCCGUCCGCACCAGGCUCUGCAUUCACUCCCCCAAGUCUUUGGAAAUUUGUUCCUUUCCUUUCAAGUCACAUUUUCCUUUAAACUUUUUUGUUUUGCGUCUAAAACUGAAAGAAAGAAAGCUGUGGGAGGCAGGGCCAUUGUUAAAAAAAAAAAAAAAAGAGUUGUUCACAUUCAACAUUUUUUCUUUUCUUCUGUCUUCAACCCAAUCCAACAUGGGCAACAAGCACACCUAAGUUGCUAAAUCCAAUGGUUGAUGUUCAGUCCUGAGGUAAUUUGACCUUGCAGCAUCUUUUUGAGUCUGUGGGUCAUGCUGUCCAUUGUCACACAAUUUACUCCCUUGGCUUUUAUGACACCUCCGCACACUUGCUUGGUUUUCGGUCUACUUCAUUGGCUCUUUCUUUGGCUGGAUCUUUAUGUUCCCAACUAGAACCCGUUACAUAAUUUGCAGGGUGCAGUGCAGAAUGAAAAUGCAGGGCUCUUAUUCAAAAAUUAUUAAAAGUUUUAAGAUAGAGCAGAGCACUCAACAAAGCAUGGGGCCCUUCUAAGCAAGAGGUCUUGCGUGAUUGCAAAGAUCUUGUGCCCAUGAAGCCCUGUUCCCAUCCUCAGAAUGCAGCAAAGCACCUGCUCAGUGCUCAUCUAUAAAUGAUCUCGUCCAACCCAAUUGGCUUUAGAUGCCACAUUCAGCAACAAGCUUCACAUCUUACCUUCAACACCAAUCUCUCCAUUUUACUUCAGAUUCAAAUAUUCAACUCUCUAUUCUCCAUGUGCACUGAAUAUAUGAAAUGCACUCAAACUUAAUAUGUCCAAAAUGGAACUUUCAUUUCCCAUCCAAAUUCUUCCCAUAGUUUUCCCCAUGUCAAUAAAUACCAACUCCAUUUUUCCAGUUAUUCAGGCCAAAAUCAUUAUAGCCAUCCUGAACUUCGCACUUUUCUCUCACAUUCUACAUUCAAACCACCAAAUCCUGCAAGCUCUACCUUCAAAAUAUUUCCUAAAUCCGACCAGACACGACCUUCACUACUUGCAAUCCCGGUACAAGUUUCUGUCCUGAGUCACCUAGUCUUCUAGUGUCAUAGGCCUCUUGGCUUUCACUUCUGCCCUUGACAGUCUAUUUGCCACACAGCCAUCCGUUAUCUUUUUAAAAUGUAAGUCAUAGUUUGUCACUUUCAAAUCGCAAAGUUGAAACCUUUGAAUGCCUUCCAACCUCACUCAUAAUUUUUUGUUAAGUCUUCAAAAUACGGCCUAAAAAACUCUAUGUAGCCAGCUUCUGGCUACCUCUCCACCUCAGCUCCUAUCACUACCCCCUCAGUCACUUCAUCAGCCACAUUGGCUUUCUUGCUGCUCCUCACUUUCCUUUGCACUGUGGUUUUCUUUGUCUGGAACACUCUUCACUCAGAUAUUUGAAUGACUCACUUUCUCCAUUCAAUCAGAAAUUUACAUGGCACCUCCUCAGAAAGCCUUCUGUACCGAACAUAAAUCUCAGCUUCCCUUGACUGUUUCCUUUGUUUAAAAGGUGGCACCCCUCUCCUGAACGAGGACCAUGCCACACCACUGCCAUCUUUGUUGAGUCCCCAGAAUUGUCAGUAAUCUGCAAAAGUCCCAUUAGUUCCAAGUCUCUACUCACUUCUGAUGAAAUGUCCCAUAACAGAGAAUGGGAUCUGCCUUCCUGGCCCACCGUCUAAAAGCCCAACAAUGUUUUCCUAAAGAACAGGGCAUUCGCUCUUCAUGAGCAAUAGAAAACAGGAGCCACAAAGAGCCAAGCAGCAAAGAGCAGAGAAUAGAUCUGGAUAGAUGAUGAAGAAUAACCAGUAUACACUCUCUGUCCUCUUAAUCUGUUUUGUUGCAGACUGAUGUUUUACUCUAUGUCUAUGCAUAUGCACAUAUGCAUGUACGUAUACAUGCGUGCAACUUGAUGGCAAAGAUCCCAUGUUGUAUGUUCCUUGUCAUAUCACCAGCUCCUACAGCAGUAACUGUCACAUAGUAAAUAUUCAGCAAAUAUUCUUUUGAGAGAACGAAUGAAGAUGCAAUACUAUUGAAUACAUUCACAAUUUCUCACCUUGUUCUUUUCACUCAACACAAUCACUUUGGGUUGUUUUUUGGUGUGUGUGACAAGUAUUCUUCUAAAAGAAAUUAUGAUUUCUUUAAGGAAUCUAGUCUAAAUACACAUGAAAGGAAAGGGACUACUGAACUAAAUUAUUUCAGCAAGACAUUUAGAGAGUAUUAGUGAUUUUAUAAUAAAUAAUGCUAUCGUGAUUUAAGUGUUCAAAGAAAAAAGAUGAUGAUUUUCCCAUUUGUAGUUCAAAAAAAAGAUGUCAUCAAUCACAUUAUGAGUCAAACCCAAGGAUGAUUAUCGAUGACUAGAACUAUUAGAAAAAGCAUUCAACAGGUAGGCAGUAAAGAAGGGUGGGAAGUUCAGAGUAAUCACAUAAACAAAGAAAGGAACUAUCUAGAAGGCAGACCCAUCAGGUGGAGGGAAAUUUCAAGGGAAGAAGACUGGACCCUGUUACCUGGGAAAUAAGUAAGGCCACAGCGCAGGGAGAAAAAAAGACCUGAUACUUUUCAGAGAAC